CCUUUUUAACACAUUAUUCUACCCUGAAAUGGGAAUGCUGAAGUGAAGUUCGUCUGUGAAGUGAUGAGGGGAGAUGAGCGAUAAAAAUUCAAUGGCGGCCACCAACAAUGCGUAUGAAGUAGAUCAUACUGACCGAGCUAUAGCAAAUCCAGAAUUUAAUAAGACUGAUUAUCAACUUGAUUAUACCCAUGAUCACGAACACAAUGCUAACAGCAACGAAGUGCAAGAGAACAAAAAAAUUAAAAUUUGGAUUAAAAGAGGACUUCAUUUGAUACUACAAAUUGCCAUCGUCGGCUAUUUCGCAUAUGCCACGUAUCAUUAUCACGAUCUGAAUACGUAUGCUUGCAAUUACGAUGGCACACUGCCGUUAUGUGGCAUACGCUUUUGCACCGGCUAUGGCAUGCUCUUAUUAUUAUUGGGCUUCAUAUACUUGGCCCUGUUUUACUACCUGAUAUUCAAGCCGAAGCUUGGAUUGUUUUUGCAUAAGAACUACUUGCAGCCAGCAGCUGUCAAAUGGCACGAUUUUCUCAGAACACGCGUCGUUUCCAUAGCGUGCAUUGCAAUAUUGCUCCUACUGCUAGCCAUAUAUUUGGUGUUUGAGACAAAAGACAAUCCUCAGAAGCUGGUCUCCUUAGUGGCGCCCUGUUUCUUCAUACUCUGCGGCUAUGUCUUCUCCACGAAACGCAGCGCCAUCAAAUGGCGCAUUGUAAUUACCGGAAUCACCUGUCAGUUUCUGUUGGGCAUCAUUUGCAUACGCUGGGAGGUGGGCCGGCAAAUCUUUGAGUGCUUGGGCAAUAAGGUGUCAACCUUUUUGGACUAUGCUAAAGAUGGUGCCCGAUUCGUGUUUGGCGACUUUCUCGUCGAAGCCGAUGUGUUCGCCUUUGCCAUAUUGCCAGUGAUAUUCUUCUUCAGCUUCUUCAUUUCGGUGCUGUACUAUUUGGGAGCUAUGCAGUGGAUAGUGAUCAAGCUGGGCUGGAUACUCCAGCAAAUAAUGGGCACAACUGUGUGCGAAAGCGUGACAGCUGCUGCCAACAUCUUUCUGGGCAUGUCCGAGAGUCCGCUCUUGAUUAGGCCCUACAUCAGUAAGCUGACCGAAAGCGAAAUCCACACCAUUAUGGUGUCCGGCUUUGCCACCGUCUCCGGCACCGUGCUGGCUGCAUAUUUAUCCUUUGGCGCAUCUGCGGCACAUUUGAUCACAUCCUCUGUAAUGGCAGCGCCAGCCGCGUUGGCCAUCUCCAAGCUGUACAUGCCCGAAACGGAAGAGAGCCAAACGUCUAGCGAUACCAUUCAGCUAGAGAAAUCCGAGAGUGCCUCCCUGCUGGAUGCCGCUUCCAGUGGCGCCUCCAAUGCCGUGCCCAUUAUCCUGGGCAUCAUUGCCAAUAUUGUGGCCUUUGUCGCGUUUAUUGCCUUCCUGAACGGUCUGGUCAGCUGGCUGGGCUUUCUUGUUGGGCACGAAGAGGUGGACUUUGAAUGGAUUUUCUCCAAGAUCUUCAUACCGCUGGCCUGGGCCAUGGGCGUUCCCAAGGACGAUUGUGAUAAUAUAGCCAAAGUGGUGGCCACCAAGACCAUUAUCAAUGAAUUUGUCGCCUACGAGCGUUUGGGCGCACUAAUCAGGGCCAACGAAAUUUCAAGUCGCAGCGCAGGCAUUGCUACCUUUGCCAUCUGUGGCUUUGCUAAUCCCAGCUCUCUGGGCAUUCUCGUUGGCUCCUUGAGUGCAAUGGCACCAAAUCGUCGUGGCACAAUCGCAGCGGUAGCUAUACGUGCCUUUAUUGUGGGCAGCAUUGUCUGCUUCAUAUCAGCCAGUUUUGCAGGCAUCGUCAUACCGGAUGAGGAUGAGAAUACAGUUUACAAUAAAGUGAUGGCGAAAUUGGGACAACAAAACGUGACAACGGUCUAGCAUUAGUUAAUACAUAUAUAUUUAUAAAUUCAUUCAACUAGCAUUUGUUACAUUGCCUAACUCAAUUUUGUUAAUAUUUUCACCUGAAUAGCUUCAAUUUGAAAUGAAAGA